CUAAUGCAUUUUCAUCUUCAGCAGUAUCAAUUGGUUAAGUAGGUCUUAGUUUGGCUUAGCAACACAGCAAAACAGCACCAUGUCGGAAGAGGAAUCGUCUGAAUCAGAGGUUUCGACCAGUGAGGAUGAAAGUGAACAAGAAGACGAGAUUGAGGUACCGCCAGUAAAACAAGAACCUGUUGUAAAAGAACAACCGAAACCAGCAGUAGAAUCUCAUAAUGUUGAAGAAAAGAGCGGAGUUCGCAAAAUGACCCACCAGCGCAAGAUGAUGCUCAAGUCGCUCAUGCUUAACAAAGCACGAGAAGAUUUGAAGCGAGAAAUGGAACAAAAGGCGGAGGCGAAAAAAGCUGAGCUGAGUCAACGACUUGAGCCCCUUAGCGGCUUAAAUUCCAUGUCAUCACAAGAACUCAUGGAUCUCUGCCGAGAACUCCAUGGUAAAAUCGACAAAGUUGAUGAACAGCGAUUUGACAUUGAGGCAAGAGUAAAGAAGAAUGAUACUGAGAUUGAAGAGUUGAACCAGAAAAUCUUUGAUCUUCGUGGCAAAUUCAAGCGACCACCACUGAGACGUGUAAGGAUGUCAGCUGACCAGAUGUUGCGAGCUCUGCUUGGUUCGAAACACAAAGUGUCCAUGGAUUUACGAUCCAACCUCAAAUCCGUCAAGAAGGGAGGAGAGAAGAAGGAAGACGCCGAGGUUAAAGAUUGGAGAGACAACAUUGAAGCCAAGCAAGGAAUGGGCGGAAAAAAGGCCGUUUUUGAGGGAGCUCAAUAAACCUGUUAUUAAUUUAUCCACAAAAAAGAAUUUCACAGAGUAUUGCUAUAAUGUUAUACGAAUAAUUUUUGCAACAUUCGAAAUAAAAUAACGAACAAUUAACCACAUUUUGUGAUUUAUGUUUGUUGCCUGGUUUUACGUAUUUUUCCGUGGGCAUGUUGCUUAGAAUACACACAAAUAAAUCAAUUGUUGAAACUUU